AUGGUUCGCAAAGACCCCAUCUUCGAGGCCCGCACAAAUGUCAAGCUGCAUUCCAAUCGACUCAAGAAAGAAGCUGUGCGCGCCGAGGCCACCUUCAAGUCGGAAAAGGCCAAGGCCGACAAGGCGAUGAAGAACCACGAGUUCCAAAUCGCCCGCAUCCACGCCGCCUCCGCCGUUCGCGAGAAACGCCGCCAGGUUACCUUGAAGUCCGAGGCUGCUCGCGCCGACGUCAUUAUCAACGAACUCAAAGCCGCCCAGAGUACCCGCGAUACCUCUCGCACGCUGGCUAUGGCCUCGCGCGGCCUGGAUGCGGCCUCCCGCAGCGUGAACCUGGAACAUCUCGUGUCCCACGCCAACAAUUUCCUGGCCCGCUCUGAGGACUUCAAGAUCGCCAGUUCGGCGAUCGAAGAUGUCGCUCAGGGUGUCUCUAUGCAAGAGUACGGUGCGGAGGGUGAGACGGAGGUUGACCGACUGAUGGAACAGUUAGCCGACGAUGCUGGUGUUGACAUGCGCCAGAAUCUGGAGGCGGAUGCGGCACCCCGCGAGGAAGUUAAACAACCUCAGCAGGAUGCCGAAGUUGAGGAUGGACUCGGUGCUCGCCUGAGGGCACUGCGGGCUGCUAAUUAG